CAAUAACACGACUGCACUGCCAUUUGAUCAAAACCGGACCAAUUCAAGACGUUGAUUUCGCCUCAACUCUCACCGAUGCUUAUAUCACGUUUGGACUUCACGACAGCGCCCUUCAACUGUUCGACGAAAUUCCCAGCAGGAGGAGUUGCAUCCUUCAGCGUUAUUGCAGAGAAAAACGAUACGAAGAUGCCUUGUCUAUCUUUCCCUGGUCCUUUUACUGUCAAAAGACUGAUUCUUUCACCGUGUGUAGUGGACUGAAAGCGUGCUCUGAACUAAGGGCGAUUGGCCCCGGGAAAGCGAUUCAUUCCUUGAUCAAGAAACUCGGGGUGUUUGAUUCAAACUUGUUUAUUGGGGCCAGGCUGGUUGAAUUGUACUCAAAGUGUGGAGAAACGGGAGACGCUCUGCGAGUUUUUGAGGAAUUCCACAACCCAGACAUUGUCUUGUGGACUUCGCUGAUCUCCGGUUACGAGCAGAAUGGGGAGCCGAAGAGGUCGCUGAGUGUUUUUUCUGAGUUAAUAAGGCGCAAGGGUGUCGGCCCCGACGAUGUAACCCUUGUCACUGUUGUUUCAGUUUGUGCCCGUUGAAUACGAAUGCUGGGAGAAGCAUCCAUGGGUUUACCGUUAGGAGGGGCUUUUAUAUUUCCCUACCUUUGGUGAAUUCUUUUUUGAAUUUAUAUGCCAAGACAGGUGCUGUUAUUGCUGCUGCAAAUUUAUUCAGAAUGACUGAACGGAAAGAUGUGAUAUCAUGGGCGUCUAUGAUCAUAUGCUAUGCUCAUAAUGGGGCUCCUAACAAGGCACUGGAUCUUUUCAAUGAGAUGAUGCUUAUGGGUGUUGAGCCUAACUCUGUUAGCUGCAUCACUGCUUUGCAAGCGUGCGAAGCUACUGGAAAUUUAGUAGAGGGUAGAAAGAUCCACAAACUUGCAGUCCAUAAAGGGUUUGUGUCGUCGGAUAUCUUUGUGUCCACAGCUUUGAUUGACAUGUACAUGAACUGCAGUUGCCCAAGUGAAGCAUUAAUGGUUUUUGAGAACAUGCCUAAGAAAGAUGCUGUUUCUUGGUGUGCCGUGUUACAUGGGUGUGUUCGAAACGGAAUGGCAUAUGCUUCGCUGGCAAUUUUUCGCGAUAUGAGGACUCUCGGGUGCAUCCAGCCUGAAGCCAAUGCUAUGGUUGGUGUUCUGGCAGCCUGUUCAGAGACGGGGAUUCUCCAACAAGCGCUAUGUCUUCAUGGUUGUAUAAUCAAAAGCGGGUUCAAGAAUGAUCGUUUCGUUGGGGCAUCACUUAUAGAGUGUUAUGCAAAAUGUGGUAGCUUAAGUGAUGCCAUCAACGUUUUUGACGAAAUGAAGGUAGAAGACAAAGACAUUGUCGUUUGGAGUUCCAUGCUUGCGGCAUAUGGGAUUCAUGGAAAAGUGAAUGAGUCUAUUGGUAUAUUCUCUCAAAUGAUCAGAAGUUCAGCCACAAUUAGGCCCAAUGCUGUCACCUUUCUCUCAAUUUUAGGUGUCUGUAGUCACACUGGUCUGGUUAAGGAGGGCAUCGAAUUCUUCAAAGCGAUGGUGCAUGACUAUGCACUGAUUCCAGAGUGGAAGCAUUAUUCCAUACUGGUUGAUCUUCUGGGACGUACGGGUGAAUUGGAUGAGUCCAUCAUCGGCAUCAUUGAUGGAAUGAUAGAUCAAGGUUUACGAGCAGAUGCCGCGUGGGGAGCUUUGCUUGCUGCCUCUAGGACAUAUCAAAAUGCAGAGUUGGGACGAAUUGCGACAAGGAAUCUUUUCCGGUUGGAUCCAGAUAAUGCAGGAUAUUACCUUCUGUUAUCAAACAUCUAUGCAGCAGAUGGAGACUGGGAUGGUGCUAAUGAACUGAGAACUUCAAUGAAAGAGAGAGGGAUGAAAAAGAUGCCUGCUGUAAGUUUUGUAUUGCUGAAUGAUUGAGGCCAUCUUCCCAUAUGUGGUAACUUCCUUGAAAUGACAAAGUCACAAAGUGCCUAUCACAGAAGACAAGUAGUAUGUGGUGAAAGUUGGUGUUCCUAGAAAGUGACAUGGGAUAACAUGCCAUGACUAUAAACUGUGCAAAAGGAAACUCACUCUCAUGUAAAGUGCCACAUUUACAUGGUUGAAGUGGAAUGACUAACCAUGAUACACCUUAUGACAGAACCCUUCAACUGUUCGACAAAAUUCCCAGCAGGAGGAGGAGCUGCAUCCUUCAGCGUUAUUGUAGAGAAAAACGAUACGAAGAUGCGUUGUCUAUCUUUCCCUGUUCCUUUUAUUGUCAAAAGACUCAUUCUUUCACCGUGUGUAGUGGAUUGAAAGAAACUUGGUGUGCUUAAUUCAAACCUGUUUAUUGGGAGAUGCUCUGCGAGUUUUUGAGGAAUUCCACAACCCAGGCAUUGUCUUGUCCACAGAAAGGAAGAGUGAUGAAAAAGAUACCUGCUGAAAGUGUUGUGUUGUUGAAUAAUAAUCGAGGCCAUCUUCCUUCUCCUGGAUGAAUAGCUCCAAAUGAAAUGACAGUCACAAAGUGCCUUUCACGGAUGACAAGGAAUAUGCGGUGUCUGGUAAAGAUGAAAAUGGCAUAUCUUCUACAAAGAGACCAAGAAUAACAUGCCAUGAUUAUAUAUAAACUGUACCAAACAAAACUCACUAUCAUGUUAAAAUUAAAGUCACAUUUACAUUGUUGAAGUGGAACAACUAGCCAUGAUGCGCCUUAUGGGAAAAAUUGCAGAUUGUGGCAAGAAAUUGAUUGUUCGAGCCUUUAUUGGAGCUAUAUUAGCAAUAUCUUCUUCGCUAGCAUACCACACAUCUUGGGAUUACGGUUCAAUUUGGUCGGGUCCAUUACUCUUUUCUUGUGUGUAUUUGGCUUUAGGCGGGUGGUUCACAGGGGGUGCCAAACACUCGUGUUCUAAGUGUCUUAACCGAGAUACUAGUGCCAAUGCAGCUGCAAGUAUUAGUCCUGCUGUAGUCAGUUUGUCUGAUUCUAUGGGUUUACAUGGAUGCGGUACUAUAAUAGACAAAGAUGGGACCAUCUUAACUUGUGCGAACACGUUGAGAUCUUUUCCAGGGUCAAGUAUUAUUAAAGAGAAGAUUGGUGUGACUUUGGAAGACGGUCGAACCUUUGAGGGUAGAGUAGAAAUUGCUAAUUUAGAGUUGGAUGUUGCAAUUGUAAAGAUAAAACACAAAACACCAUUUCCAUGUGCAAAACUUGGUACUUCAGCUAAGCUUCGCCCCGGAGAUUUAGUGAUAACCAUUGGUUGUCCCUUGUACUUACGGAACAGUGUUACAGCAGGCAUUAUAAGUUGUGUCCAUCGCAACAGUAAUGACCUGGGUAUAGGUGGGAUGAAGAAAGAGUAUAUACAAGCUGACUGUGCUACAAAUCCGGUAACAUCAAUUAACAGUGCUAUUUUCAUACUUUGCCCCUUUUGCAUGACCUUGUGCACUAUGAGUGUUUAACAUCACAAUUUUAAAUCUAAAUGAUAGUAAACUGAGAAACAAUUU